AGACGCUUCACACUACCAGCGCCAGGAUGGGAUUUCUGCUGAGCACAGCCGUGUUUUUAGUGGCCUCAUAUCUGCAUGGCUGGACCACCGCCGGGAGCACCUGCCCAGACGUGCAGGUCAUUGGACUCACUGAGAAGGACAGGCUGACGGUCCUGCAGGGAUGUCCAGGGCACCCCGGGGCCCAAGGCAGCAAAGGGGAUUCCGGCGAACCCGGCCAGAAAGGACAAAAGGGAGAACCUGGAGAGCACCAGCAGUCAGGAGCUCUAAACUGUAAGCAACUCCUGGACAUGGGCAACGUCCUGAGUGGAUGGUACACCGUGUACACCAUUAAAGGGAAGCCCCUGAGUGUCUUCUGUGACAUGGACACCGAUGGAGGGGGCUGGACAUACUCGUACUCGAGGAUACCAGUGGACUACAUUUAG